AUGGCAAUCUCUGUGUCGUCUGUCCGUAGGGAGAGAUUUCACAUUCCUUUGGGAAGCUGUCUAUUUCAAUCUCAAUUCGCAGGCAUUUAUCUCGCUCGUUUAAAGUCUUCAAAAUCUCGAUUAUUAAAGUUGGCUUCGAAUCGCUAUCCAAAUCUUGCUGUCCGGUCAUUAGCGGAUGUUGAGCCUGAUGAAGAAUGCAUAAUCAUUGGCACGAUCUUUAGAUCAUGCCCCCAAAAACCAAGCAUUAUCAAACAACUAGCACAGAUGGAGCAGAUUGGAAGUCAACUUUUAUUGGAAUCCCAAAAUAAUCAACAGAGUCUUUCAUCACGCUUGGCUGGCCUCGAGGACGAAUUUUUUUUGGAAGAUGAGGUUCAGCGCAUUAGUCUUGACAUCCAAUCUCAAGAUCUAGCCGGACGUCUUACAACUGGCGUUGUGGCCUGUAUUAUGGGUGUUCAACCAUCCAAGUCACUAGGAUCAUUCAUAGUUAAAGAAGCUACUUUUAUUGAACCACAACCGCAGAAAUCUAUUUCAGGGGUCAAUUUUGUGGGUGCCUCACACCCUAGUUUUGACACAGGUUUUUGGGUUGGCUUUGUCUCCGGUCUUGGUUUCACUGCAUCAGCCGACGGUGGUUGUCAUGGUCACGAACUUGCUUUGAGUCUUCUCGGGGAUUUCUUGAGAGAGAAUAAAUUGAGUAGGCUGUUUGUUCUUGGAGAUUGCAUUCGUGCAAGUGCUGCUGGUGGUUUGGAAACUCUCGGAGUUAUUCAGCAAGCUCGCUUUCUCACUCGCAAAACGGACGCAGAUUCGGUUUUAGCCAUGUCUGCUCUUGAUACCUGGCUUUCUGACCUGCCUUUGGGAGAUGGAUUUACCGUUCAACUCCAACCAGGUGUAUCUGAUUGUGUCUCCCAGUUGUUGCCACAGCAGCCUUUCCAUUCUCUCCUUUUUCCCAAAACCGUGGGCCGGUUUGGUAAGGGAGAAGAUGCUCUUAUUAGUACCACGAAUCCCUGUAUCACUGAGGUGUUUGCAAGAACGAUUUUAACCUCCUCAGGUCAGAAUAUUUCUGAUGUUUACAAGUACACCUCAAGUGGUGACGUACUCGACUGUAUGGAGUCAAUACUUCAAUGGGGUCACUUGGCUCCAACCUGCCCAGAUACAAUUUUCUCAUAUCCACAAACGGAAUCCGAUUCUCUUCUCCUUCAUACGGAUCCGGAUACAGGCAGUUGUGCAGAUUAUCCAGACAUCUUUGCUGCUGGAAAUCAACCGAUGGCUGGUUUCCGUCGUGCUUCUUUAAAGACAGGCAGCAGUGAUAAAGAAGGAGCUCUAUUACUAUCAGUUCCUCGUUUUGAUGUCACCUUCACAAUUGUGUUGUUAGAGUUGGAAUCAUUGAGAUGUUUGCCCGUGAAAUUUGACCUCUCUCAGAUUGAAUAG